AUGAAGUAUUGUAUCAGCAUUAAUGAUAUGGCAACUUUCAAAGAACUUGCAGUAAAAUUCAGAAAUACCGAUUAUUCAUUAGAGCAAUUACUUGAAUUACUUAAAUUAUCACCUUUGACAUGGUCAUUUGCAUCAAAAAAGAUUGUUGAAAAAGAACCAGAUGGAUCAGUUUGUAUUCCAUUAACAAGAUAUUAUUUUAUUUCAGAAGAUAAUGGUAUUAUUCCUGCACAAGUUGCUGAUAUCAUUAUGAAAGAUCCCGAAUUGCAAUCACAACUUACAGCAUAUGAUUGCAUCAAUUUGUUAUCAAUGAUUAAUCAGAAUUACACAGAUAUUUCUCCAUUGAUUUCUCUUUUGACAAAAUUUGGAUUGAUAGAUCAGAAAGAUCAUAUUACAAACAAUUCUUUAAUCAAAGAUGUUCAACAAAUCGUUUAUAAUUCUCCUAAAAUUGAACAACUCAUCAAAGAAGAUAUUCUAGGAUUCGCCAACAUUAUUUCACCACAUCUUGAUUUUAUUAAAAAUGUCACUGGAAUCGAAGUUCCAAAAGAAUUUUAUGAAAAAGUUGUUCAUAUUUACAUGAAUACUGUACAUCAACCAGCAUAUACGACUAAGGUGUUUCCAAAUCAACCAGAAAGAUCAAAUUAUUAUAAAUACUUAGAUUUUGUCACAUUUCUUACACAUCCUAUUAACAGGAAACAUGUUAAUAUCAUAGAACUUUCUAAGUCAAUAAUGAAUCUUAAUUUGAUCAAACAAUUUGAAUAUACUGAAGAAGAGAUCAAUCAUCUCAAAACAGUAAAAUUCAUGAAAGAUUAUUUGAUGUUUAAUCAAAAAAAUGUCAAAUACUUUACUAUUAAAGAAAUUCUUAACACGAAUAAUGAUUCUACAGUUAUCCAUGCAGCAUUAACUAAAACAUUAACCCCUGAAGAUGUAUCAGCAAUUCAAGAAUACAUUAAUUCUAAGUAUUCCAAUGAAUUUUCCAGUCACAAAGAAAAAACAUUUGUCAGAACUGAAUUCAGACCAAUUUUCAUAAGAGAUGAAAUUUGCAAUGGUUUUAGCGAUAAAUUAUUAUUAUAUUUCCUUAUGCCUGUUGCUGACUUCGAUGAUAUAUGCGGAAAAAUUUUGGAUGCUUUGUUUGCAAGGAAUAUGAAUGACGAAGAGAAAUUUAGACUUUUUAUGAAAAUUCCAUAUGAUAAAAAGGCAAUUGAAUUCAUUAUUUCUCGGAAAGAAAAGAUUAAUAAUUCAUGUCUGAUUGUUUAUUCAAUGAGGGCGAAUACACAAAUUGUCGAUAAAGGAACUCCAAUUGAAGAUUUAUACUUUGCAAAGUCGUUUAGCAUUUAUCCAUCUCUUAGAUAUGAAAGUUUGUUUGACUACAAAGUUUCCAAAGCAGCCAUGGCUAAAGCAUUAUUUUAUGCUAUCUAUAAUAAUAAUGAAGCUGCAUUUAAUCUUUUGAUUUCUAAAGGAGCUCCUAUCAAUGUUAUUAUAGAAGGAAUGACUCCUCUUCAAUAUGCUAUUAGUAUCGGUGUAAAGUCUAUUGCUUGUAAAUUAAUGGAAUUAGGUGCAUCUCUUGGUUUCAAUGGAACUAAAACAGCUGCAUUUUGUGCAGAGGAAUCUGGAGAUAAGACAAUGAUUGAAUUGUUUUGUAGCAAAAUUAAUCUUGAUUAUGAAUCUUUAUUCCAAGAUAUAAGAAAGAUUCAUAUUCCUGAUUCAGCAACACCGAAAUAUCCGGGUAUUGAUAUAUUUCAAAUCAUCAAUACAAGUUUUACUAAGUUUUUUUCCCAAAUUGAUAGAUGUUUCAACUGUGCAGCUAAAUGGUCCAAAAGAAAUAUCAAUAUUCCACAAGUAACUAAAUUAAUACAAAAUGAAAUGACGACAGUAUCUUCUUUUACUAAUUCACUAUAUAUUAUGUUAUACUUCACUCCUGUUGAUAUAGCAGCAUUUGAAGACAUAAUUCCAAGAGUAUUUUCAAUCAGAAGAAUACUUCCAGCACAUGAAAGACAAGAGGUUUGGGAUUUCAUUGUAAACAACAUCAAUGAAAGCAAUAAAUGGUUUAAGGCUGUUUAUUCUGUCAUCACAGGGAUCAAAAUGAUUGAAGAAGUUGAAAAUCUCUCAGAUUUAUUGUAUAUUGCAACACGACUUGGUAAUAUUGAAAUUAUUACAGAAUUACUUGAUAAAGGUGCUCGAAUCGAAGAUGUUGAAGGCAUUUUCAAUCGCAUGUCUCCAUCAUUAGAAGCAAUCAGCAAAGAUCGAUCAGACAUUUUAGAACUUUUCAUUCUUCAUGGAUUGAAAUUUGAUCAUAUCUAUUCUAUUGACAACUUCACAUUGCUCAAUGCAAGUAUUGAAUUCAACUCUACAAAAUGCUUUGAUCUUUUAUUUUCUCAAACAUCAUUUGGUCAUUUUGUUGUUGAAACACCAAUGAUGAGUGCUCUUCAAACAUUCGAACGAACAGGCAACGAUUACUUCAUCAACAAACUUCUUCCUCAAAUUGACACCGAAUACGAAAGAAUUGUUGAUUCAUCAUUUUGUGACUACUUAUUAUUCAAAUCCGGUCAAAUUCCAGAAUUCCACUAUAAUUCAGCUAAAAGACCCAAUAAUUUACCAAAACCUUCAUCUCAUUUUAAUGAUAAUUCAAGCAAAAUUGCUAAUUUGGAGUCAUCAGAUUUAAUUCAAAAAAUUUUGGUGUAUCAAUAUCUUUCUGAAACAUUAUCAACUAACUCCAAUCAAAAAUUCAUUAGAAAUCUAUCUCGCGAAAAAAUAUCUAAUUUCAAAUGGGGCAAAGGUGUUCCCUUUUUACGAUUUUAA